AUGGGUAACGAAUAAAUCAAACCAAGUAUUGCUCAUUCAACUGAAUGGACAUUUAUAAGAGAAAUCAAAUCACAUCCUUUAUACGGACACAUCAAGGUUUACAAAGGACCCUCUGAUCAAUUGCAGUGCUUAAAGACUGUUAUAGUCGAGGAGUCCCAAUAUAAAGAUCAAAUGGAUUCUCUCAAAAAAAUGAUGGUCAAGGAUGUCCUAUCCUAAAACCAAACAAACUGUUCUUCCUUAAUUUGUAUCAAUCGUUUGGAAACAUAAAAACAAGAAGAGUUCUGCUCAAAUUAUGUCAAAAUAUAUUUAACAGCCGAUUAUUCAGAUUAACCAAUUCAAUAACUAAAAGAUGUUAGAUCGUUUAUGCUAGAUAUAAUCCAAGCACUCUCAGUAAUGGAUUCACAAGGUGUAAACAAUUGUCAGUUUUGUCCUGCCAAAAUCCUUUAAUUUGGAGAUCGAGUUAAAGUUGUUAAUACUUAAUUAUUUACAGAGAUUUCUGAUUAUGAAUAACUCUACUUUAACGAAGUGUCUAAAGAUGAUUGGAUGAUUGCACCUGAAGUAAUGAAUUCUUUGAAAGUUAAUUGUCCUCCUACAUUCAAUAGUGAAUCAGCUGUUAUUUUUAAUUUUGGAAUCAUGAUGAUAAAUUUAUUAACUGGAGUUCAUCCCAAAGAUGCAUCCAUUUAUGAUUAUAAGAAUUUUGCUCUCAAAGAUAAUUUGUCCGCCUAUGCUCAUUCUAUUGAUUAAUUACAAAUACCAAGUCAUAUCAAAUAAUUAAUCUAAGAUUGCGUUAACGUUAAACCCACUCUCAGACCCACUUUCAAGAUGAUAACUAAUUCAUUAAAAUAAAUUGAAAUUCCACUUCAAGUUUCACAAAUUAAAAAUGAGGAAGUUACCACUAAUCAAAUAUUCAAUCCUUGUUAUGAAGAUGUUAAGAAAGUCUUGAGUGAGUCUCACGUCAAUAAGAACCUUAAUUAUCAUAAUGAAUCCCCUCAGAAGAUUGAGAAAUAGUAGUUUAUGACUGAUACUCAAUAAUCCGCAUAAUUCAGGAAAUCCAAACAAAUUUAUAAUUUAGAAAAUGCUUAUAACUCUAGAGCUUCAAUCUAAUAGAAGUAACCGAUCUAACAAGCCUCCACCAAAAUAAAGACUUAAGCAAAAGUAUAAAAAGUGAAAAGCCCAAACAAAAAGCCUAAACCAAUCAGGGCUAAUGGGAAUCACCAAAAAUGA